AUGAUCACCUCGGCGGCCAUUUACCACGUGCUUCACUUCUUCCACGUCACCAUCGACAUCCGAAACGUCUGCGUGUUCCUGGCUCCUCUCUUCUCCUCUUUCACCACCGUGGUGACUUACCACCUCACCAAGGAGCUCAAGGAAUCGGACACGGCGCCCUUUUCCCGAGCCUCGCUCUCCGUACGAGGUAUCGCCAUAUUCUGCAUGCUGCUGACCUACUACACGUGGAUCAAAGCCGUCAAAACCGGCUCCAUCUAUUGGGCGGCGAUGUGUGCCCUGGCCUAUUUCUACAUGGUAAGCCCCGUCCUCUCCUCGGAGCACAUGGCUGCCCUCGGAGUCUUCGGCUUGUGUCAGAUCCACGCCUUCGUUGACUACCUCCGCAGCAAGCUGAACCCGCAGCAGUUCGAGGUCCUCUUCAGGAGCGUCAUCUCCCUGGUCGGCUUCGUCCUACUCACCAUCGGCCCCCUGCUGAUGNCCCCAGGGAAAAUCUCCCCGUGGACGGGGCGUUUCUACUCCCUGCUGGACCCUUCCUACGCCAAGAACAACAUCCCCAUCAUCGCCUCCGUCUCCGAGCACCAGCCCACCACUUGGUCCUCCUACUACUUCGACCUGCAGCUUCUCGUUUUCAUGUUCCCAGUCGGACUCUACUACUGCUUCAGCAACCUCUCGGACGCCCGCAUCUUCAUCAUCAUGUACGGCGUCACCAGCAUGUACUUCUCGGCCGUGAUGGUGCGCCUGAUGCUGGUGCUGGCCCCGGUGAUGUGCAUCCUGUCCGGCAUCGGGGUUUCUCAGGUGUUGUCCACCUACAUGAAGAACCUGGACAUCAGCCGACCGGACAAGAAGAGCAAAAAGCAGCAGGACUCCACCUACCCCAUCAAAAACGAAGUUGCCAGCGGCAUGAUCCUGGUGAUGGCUUUCUUCCUCGCCAUGGCGUCGACGGAGGAGAAAGCCUACGAGAUCAUGAGGGAGCUGGACGUCAGCUACGUGCUGGUGAUCUUCGGAGGCCUCACCGGGUACUCGUCUGACGACAUCAACAAGUUCCUGUGGAUGGUGCGGAUCGGGGGCAGCACGGACACCGGGCGCCACAUCAAGGAGCACGACUACUACACCCCCACGGGCGAGUUCCGCGUCGACCGCGAGGGCUCCCCGGUGCUCCUCAACUGCCUCAUGUACAAGAUGUGCUACUACCGCUUCGGCCAGGUCUACACCGAGGCCAAUAACCUGAAAAUCUCCGACUUCGGCCUGGCCACCGGCGACGGCCUGGAGUUCAAGCGGCAUUUCCUGAAGAUCAAGGGCAAGCUCAGCGACAUCAUCAGCACCCAGAAGGUCUGGCUGCCUGCCACCUGA